AUGAAGAGCAGAUUCUGGAAAUCCGAGAACAACCACAACCUCAAGGUUACCCUAGGUCCCCAUGGCACAUAUCCCGUCUGGAUCCGCAACGGGCUCGUUGAUCUACUCGGCGUUAGCGCGUCAAGGCCAUUGCCAAGUGCACAUCUGGCACUUAUACCAACACCUGUCCUGGUGUAA